CCGAGUGUUUGCGCCUGCGCAUUCAGCGGCGGAGAGGUCCUCUACUGUGGUGACUGGAAAUAUUUUCAUACACCAUGGAGACUUUAUACAGUAUACCUUUUGCUGUGCUUGAAUGUCCAAACAUAAAACUGAAGAAACCGUCAUGGCUGCACAUGCCGUCGGCCAUGACUGUCUAUGCGAUCGUUAUUGUGUCCUACUUUCUCAUCACUGGAGGUAUCAUCUACGACGUCAUUGUAGAGCCACCGAGUGUGGGUUCAAUGACUGAUGAGCAUGGACACCAGAGACCGGUUGCCUUCUUGGCAUACAGAGUAAACGGCCAGUACAUUAUGGAAGGACUAGCAUCCAGCUUCCUGUUCACAAUGGGAGGCCUGGGCUUUAUAAUCCUGGACCGCUCCAAUGCACCCAACAUUCCCAAACUCAACCGCUUCCUGCUGCUUUUCAUUGGAUUUGUCAGCGUGCUCCUCAGCUUCUUCAUGGCGCGAGUGUUCAUGCGCAUGAAGCUGCCGGGAUAUCUCAUGGGCUAAACUUGCAAUAAGCCAAUUCAAAUGAAGAGGAUAUUAAAUAUGUGGAAAACUUACAUGCAGUUCUGUUAAAUUGUGGAUACAGCCAACCCUUCAUCGACAACCAUUAAGGACUGAAAGCACUGACCUUGCUCAAGAAAUUAGACCAAACUACACUGACACUGGUUUUGUCUUUGUUUUGUAACUUCCUUUCCCACUUUCUCUUAACCUCCUAUGAAGCUGGUGGAGCAGAAGGUCUUUAGCAGCUUAAAUUCAACACUCUGCCACCUGAACUUGUCGUGCAGGCACAGCAUCAUUAAUGAUUUUGCCAUGUUGAUAAAGCCAACAUGUUCUGUGGAGUAGGAGAAAUGAACCUAGAGAAGGAAGAAGGGAGAGGAAGCUGCCAAACACUGAUGGGACAAAAUCACCGAUUUCUAAUUAGGACUUGCACUGUGUGAACCACUUACAUGGGUGCCUGAGUGAUAUUACAGAUGUACGUUUUUGUAUAGAAAACUUUGAACCCUGAAAGCCUUGAACCUGUCACAGUUGCAUUUUUGUACAAGAUGGUGAAAUAAACUGUCCUUUUCACACCUUC